AUGUCGCCAAACCAUGUCUAUACAAAAUUCAGCCCUCCAGCGAAGUGUCGUUGUCCAAGCUGCCCAUCAUACCUUUCUACCCAAGAAAUAGAACAAAUUAAUUCCUCCUGCAAUAAAAAGAUCUCAGAAAUUAGAGGAAUUCCAAAGAGUUCUUCACUGGUGCACAUUCCAAGUGCCUUCCACAAAACGCAUGUCGUAAACGAUGGGCAAAAUGAUGUUGCAUCUGAACCGGAAUCCUUUUAUAACCCUAAAGAACUGGCUACCGGUCAGAGAGCUACCUUAAAAAUCAGGAAUUACUAUGAAGAGCGGAGAGUUCUAGUUAAACAAAUCUAUCCAACUAUUCCGGGAUCAAGAGAAGAUAGUCAGGCCGGAGAGCGCCCAGACCUUUCAUAUGCUCGUAAGAUAGAUGGUUUUGAUGAAAACCAUCAUCACCGACAUCUUUCGAGUGCCGUCGUAUUCCAAGAUCCUGUUUUAGAGAAUAUUCCUUUUCGUGCAAGAGAACGUCAACAGGGCUUUGUUGCUGGAAGUAAAAAGCGAAAAAACCGCCAACCUCGCCCUCAGAGAGUCAGAGAAGACGAUCCUACACAUCUUGCAGGAAAUGGAAAGGGACAUGUACGGUUUGAAGAUAAUCAACAUGAGGAACCUUGUGAAAAUGGAAUCCUUCCGCAAGCAAACCCAUCGAGCCAUCAUGACCCAUCGAUCACGAAUAAAGGAUCUCCUGAAACUUCCUCUCCUUAUGAGGAUGACUCUUCCACAGUCCCUGCUCAUCACGGAUGGAUAAGAAGUUUUAAAGCUAAAGAAAGCUUCAUCAAAGACACAUCUUCGAGGUCACAGAUUCGCAGAAAUUCUAUUUGUUCAGAUUCACAGCCACCUUGUCAUCCCUUACCUGAACGAAAGCGAACCGCCAAGAUUACUGCACCAAUGCUUGAUACUCAGAAAGUUCAGAGUCGUGAUGCAUCAUCGUUUGGCGAGAUUUCCAGCGAGUACUCCUUUUCAAACCAAUUCUCACUCGACCAUGAAAAGAGUGCAUUUCACCAGUUUGAAACACCACACUUCAAACUGGGAAUCUCAUGCGGAAAUUUAACCAAGCGUCCAGGUUACUUACGACCAGAGUGGAAGUUAGACUCACAGCACCGUUAUUUUCCUAAAAGGUUACAAGUUUCAAAAGCGCACUAUGAAACUUUGGAAAAACGAAGAGCAAGUCUUGAAAGUGUCCAAAAAAUCAUUCCAUCCCCAGUGCAAGUCGCGUUUGGUCCCCACCAACUCAACAUAAGCAGAGAAGGCGUUAUAAUGGAUCCAUGUAAUCACCAGGGCAUGCCCAGUUAUGCCGAGCGUCGUGCUGUGCAAGCAACGGAGAGUUCUCAAAAAGAGGAAAUGCCCUCUCCUCCAUCAUCAUUGUCCAGUGACCAGGAUGGUGGUACCAGCGACGACGUCGAUGAAUUGCAGAAAACACAAAUCAGUGAGCACCCACAUCCGAUAGAAGACACGAAUACCCUCAUCGACGACGAGAACCUAAAGAGACACAUUGGAGAGAAACAUGUCACUUUUCCAGAAGGCCACAGCCUUUUCUUCAAGAGGCCAGAAGAAUAUGAUAACUUUAUGACGUCUAAUUUGAAAGAAAGAAGAUUCGUUUGCCGCUUCUGCUGCAAGAAAUUUGCCCACUUCUCAACACUCCAAAAUCAUGUCCGGACACAUACGGGUGACAAACCAUUUCAGUGUAAAUUUUGCAGUCGUCGAUUUGCUCAGUCGGGAGUCCUUAAGGCGCACUUGCGCACGCACACUGGCGACAAGCCUUUUGUCUGCAUGUACUGUGGGAAAAUGUUUGCUCAGAGCACGACACUGACAAAUCAUCUUAGAACUCACACUGGCCAAAAACCAUACGUUUGCCAUUACUGUGGCAAGUGUUUUUCCCAGCCCUCGACGCUAAGAAAGCACGAACUUUCUCACACCAAAGAACGCCCAUAUUCAUGCAAGUUUUGUGGAAAAGCGUUUGCCCAGCAGUCCACGCUUACUAAUCACAUGCGCUCUCACACUGGCCAGCGGCCCUAUAAGUGUCACUUCUGCGAGAAGAGCUUUGCCCAGUUGAGUACUCUUGACAGACAUCUACGCCUCCAUUCCAGCGUAAGUCUCAAGCCUCAUCAGUGCCAGUUCUGCAGCAAGAGUUUCAGCUACUUCUCUAAUCUAGCAACUCACAUGCAGAUACAUGAGCAGGAACAAUUAAAAGUGAUUUAGGCUAUGGUCACAAUUGGUUCCCACGCAGGCGCAUAGCUUGAACAGGGGCACCCAACGAGGAUGUAGUUCAAAACCGCUUAACAUAGCAUUGUUGAACGUAUUUUAGUAUUUAAACGGUAGAUAUAGGCAUAUUUUUAUCCCCUAAAAACUUUUCAUCUUUUCGGAUUUCCUAGCUGAAAGUCUAGUGAUCCGAAAAUUAUAGGGAUCAAAACUUACCUUUUCGAAAAUUUCAGAAAGGAAAAGGCUCCCGAAAAUUGUAGGUGGCCUUUUUUAGGGUAAAUAUCCGUUUAAAAUGGGUAAUUAUACCAUUUUGUAGAUGUUCGAAAAUCCUAGGAGAAGCAGGCAAGCAAGAAAUUUUACAACAAAUGUUCCGAAAAUUCUAGUCCUCAAAUCGAACAGAUAUUUUCCCGAAAAUUUGCCGUUGGGUGCCCCUGCUUGAGAAAUGUUUUCGAUGGGCAUUUAUGCCACCACACUCCUUUUUUUUGGCGUCUAAUAAAACUAGAUAGCAGUUGACUGGAAAUUCCAAUUUCGAGUAUCUAGUGUGAACACUUUACAGUUUGUGCUGGUACCAAGGCAUUAGUCUUCGGAGACCGAGUGUAAAUAUGACUUUUUAACGUAAUUGCACCUAAUUAGAAAGAUUCGUCUGCAAUAAGAAAAUAGACUUUUGUGCUUUUUCUAGUAAUUUUCUACUUUUAAAUGGAUCAACAACUACUUACUUUUGGGUUUAUAGUAAAAUAACUUUCAGUAGAGAUAAGCAAGCCAAUUUAGUGGAUUAGCCUACAAAAAAAAACAAACAAAAAAAACAAUCACUCCUGUACAGAGCUUCCGUUUGUUUCAUAGCCACCGACUCCAGUACUCACCAUUUUUAACUUGGGAUCUUUCACAUCCUAAACAUUCAAUUAAGAUUUAAGAGACUUGCUAAUGUGCUAAGGCCUAACCAAAGAAAGCCGAGUAUUGUUUCUGUGGUUCCCUGUCUGUCAUAAGGGGGAAAAAAGGCCUGAAAGACAGGUAACAAGCUAAAAUGGUUCUUAGUAAAAACGCUGGUUUAGGCAUGAGGCAGGGUAGGAAAAAGUAGUAUUAAAUUGUUUUAUAUACAUUGGUAGACAAAAAUGAAAAUUCACGGAUUGCGGCAAAUGUGACUUGACCUGCAUUUGCUCUUAAUCGAAUCUGAUUUACCAACAAAGAAACAGACUGAAAAAUAUAGCUAGCAGAAUUUAUUCCUCUGAUUGGUGCAGAGAAAAAUUUUGAGUUCUGCAAAUGUGUGCACCAAUGGAAUACAGAAACUUUCCAUAUUUAAACAAUAGCUGUAAACACCUAACUGGAAAAACUUUUGAGGGGACAAAGUGGAAAUUUGUGGACAACUCUACGCAAAGUAUUGCUGCUGUGAUAGUGCCAACUGCGUGUCUCCGAGAAAAAUAAGACGUACCAAUCGUAGCGAAAGGUUCUGCAACUACCGUUUUGUAAGUAAGUAUGGCGCCCGCUGACUUCUCAGAAAUCCAUUGUUUUUUGUUGUUCAUGAUUUUGACUUUCUACCCAACAACGUUUUUUCAGUAAGAUGUUUUUAAAGUCUUCAAGAGGACUAUAAAUUAUUAUUAGAAAGAAUAGCUAUAUAUGUUUGAAUGAUUAGAAGAAUCUGUUAUUUUAGCAGCUAUAAUAGUAUUUUAUUUGAAGAAGAAUUCGUUUAUCAGUCUAUAGCUAUACCCAGGCUUUGUUCUUUGCAAAGAAACUAGUUUCAGCUCACUAGGAGUCCAUAAUAAGAAAGAGAGAAAUCGCAAUAUAUAAUCCCAAAUAGUUCUAACGUAAGCUACUACACACGUGAACAAAGCUGCAAGUUUGCAAACUGAGGGUGGGAAAGCGCCCGCGUGCUAAUAAUGGCUAUACUUUAGCCAUGACUACCAGUGCCCUCAGGGGAACAAGGCUUCGCAACCUCAGCCAAAGUGCUUCCCUCUACGUAAUAAUAUGGUUUUAUUAUACUUUGAUAUCAGCUUUAAAAGCUAGGUUACCUUCCAAAACAAAACAAAAAAACUUUACAGCAGUCGCUAACUGGCAACGGCUAUUUUUUAGCCAUGAUUGUAGCCUGUUCCUGUUCUCCACGGUUCACCAGGAAUAACUUGUUAAAAGUCCAAUUAUGGUUUACCAGAGACUCUAAUGCAAAUUUUGCAAUUUCUCUUAAACAUCAUAAUUUACAUCUUUGAGAGACAAUUUUUUUAUACACAGGUUAACAUUAUUUGGAUUUUAAAACUGUGCUAAGAACAGGAUUUGAUGUUUUCAUGGACAUACUUUAGAACAAAUAAACAAGUUUUUAUUCACACUUGUACUUUUCGACUUUUUUUGGUCUAUUUUACCCUUGAUCCGACUCCUCAGAAAGGUACUCCCUUAUAAAAGAUAUGCAGGGAUGUGUGCUUACAAGGGUUUGGUUCUUGAUCCUGGCGGUUGGUGUGGGUAUAGACUUGAAAUCUCUUUGUCUGGGACACUGGGUAGGUUUUUGUGCUCCUCUAAAGAUGGGGUGUGGAGAUGGGCCCUGAGCUUCGGAUGCCCAGAUAGUUGCCCUAAGUAUUUAUUUAGUUUGGAGCAUGCGCCUAUUUAGGUGACGUUCAAACGGGUGCGCCACCGAGUAAAAACCUGUCCUUUUUAGCAGUUCUCGUUACGGGUUUUCUUCAAUUCCAUGACUCUACCGUCUACAUGACGUUGUAAGUUUUAUAGAACGCCUCAUGAAGAAUUUCUUAUCAGAAAUGUUUUUUUUAGUGAUCCCGGUGUGUCACUGUUGGCCGCAGAAAAGCGGCGCUGAAAUAGGGUACAGAAAAUCACAUAUUUUGGCCAAGAACAGGCAGGGAAAGGGUUUUACAAAGCAUUCUCCGUUUCCCGCGAAUUCCUAGGAAUACCUUUUUUGCCCAAAAGGAUUUUUAUAUGCUCUGCCGAAGACAGUUUGCAUCCAAAUUUCAAAACUCAGAGCAACAAUUUCCAGCGAUUCGAACGAAACUGUUCGAUUUGCUUGAAAUUAAUGCCCUGGGUUUUGAAAUUUGUAUGCUAAAUAUUCUUUUUCUUGCCUUCAAAAAUUAGGUCUAUUGUUCAGUUGAAACAGGUCCUUUCCGAUUGCUCUUAGCUUUACCCUAAUCUUACCAGGGUAAGAUUAAAUUCUUUGAUACAAAAAAUCUUUUUCUCUUCUUCUUUGGAUCAGUUUCCUUUGACAUAAACAUUUUCCAAUUCACUUCAUUUUCAAAGUGAGAGUUUUUUAAACUCGAAAUUGACGUAUUUUGGUAGUUGUAAUCAAAUGACGUCAUUUUGGAAAUAGCUUAUUACAGCCUGGAAGUGCUUAGCUUGAUAGAAUGUUAAGUGUGGAGGGAGAAAUCCUAAAUAAAGAACCAAAAAUUAGCACCAAACUGGAAUCACACUCAGUGAACAAUGGAACGAGAAUCGAGGGCGCACAUUUUUAGAAAGGUGAGAGGUGCAAGUUGCAUAAUAAAGCGUAAACAUCAACCGGCUGCAUUUUUCCGAUUACUAACUGCCCCUUCCUCUUCUCUUCCUUAUUAACUUCCUGAAUAUUUCUUCGCGCUUUUGAUCGGUACAGCGCGUAGGCGCUACCUCCCUUAGUUUAUUCCCACUAUGGCGUUCCUUUGCAAUGAGCUGUCUUUCUUUAUGAAUUUUUUCCUCCACUUUUGGUGACGCAGUGAGCAGGUUUUGUGUUCUUAUGGUGUGAGAAUAUUUUCCCACACGCAGUGCUCAUGAAUUGCGGCCUUAUUUUUAGAAAUAUCUUAUUAUUUCCGCAGAUGGAGCCACAUUUCAUAAUGAAUACUAUGACCCGUUGCCAAGGUAUAACAUCUUUUCGAGCGCGCCUUCAUAACUGGGAAAAGACCCGUUAAGUACAUGUGGGGAACUUAAUUUACUGCUGCGGUGACUCGCUUGGUCAUAACAGGCUGCAGCUGCGCUGAAGUUAACUGUGCUUUGUUUUGCAAAUUUUUAAUGCAAGUUUAAAUAUGUUUAAAAGCUGUUUAGCUAAAUAUUGUUUGAAUUUGUUUUCUUUGUGAGAUCGAGCUGAGCACUGUAUUUUUAUUUAUAGUAAAUUAAGUAUAUGUAACAUGCUUAACCACAUUUACAUUCUGCGUUAGAGCCUGUGUUUAAGUUUCCCCUUACUGUUUUUCAAUUCUUUAAAACCUAGUUCAGUUAAACAUGUUUAGAUGGUAUGAAUGGGGCAUAAGGUUCAGUGUUCGAGUUCUCGGGCAGUAUGAAAAAGGAUUAUCAUUUCUUUAAGGAAGAUUUUUGCUUCUCCACUGUUAGGUUUCUAUCGGCUACCUGUUACAAAAUAGAAAACACGGCUUAUACAUACUCAUACACGCCUGCUGAUUUAAAGACAUGUACACAUAAUCGUUUAUAUAACAAAGCAAACAGAGCCGCAAUGAGUCGAAAUAAUUGCCUUUACACGGAAGUGGAUGAGAGAAGUUCAAACCGGCUAAUAAUUAGGCCAGUCCCCCUUUUUCCACAUGCGUUAUUCUAUGUUUUGUAGUUUCUUGUUGUUUUUAACAACUGAAUGAAGAUUAAAUGAGUAAUAAUACUGGGCCCUAUUGUGUUUGCCAGAAAAGCACUGAUGUUUUUUACGCUUGAAUAAUCGGUUGUUUCAUGAUACGGUUGUCAUUUGAAGGAAAACAAAAACUUGAAAAAGAAUACCAGCCAACUUAGCGGGUCGAUCUAAAAAACUUUGAAAUCUCUAAGAUUUUAUGAAUUUGUUACAGCGAGCUGAAUAACAACUUCCUUGAUCCGUUGUAUUCCCUGACAUAGUUUUGCGUAUUUCGUUCUUAGUUCGGUGAAGAUACACUCCAUUGUUUUAACCGUCCUUUGCCGGAGUGGACUUUUUCAAGAUAUUUUAAAAGCUUGUAUUGUAAAGGCGUUUCACGGUAAAUUUCAGUGAGACAUUAAAGUGAUUAGAGACUACCUUCGAUUCUUGUAGUAUAGAAUGAUUGUAAUAUAUUCUAGAAGGGAACAUUUUGAUUCCAAAUGCUGGUUUAGCAUUCCUAACUUGUGUACUUUGACUUUUAUUGCUGUAUAAAGCUUUAAUUGACUUAAAUGGACAGAACACGGCGAAAAAUAUUCUUUAAUAUUUGAUUUCGUAUAUACAUUGACUUGUUUAAGUUAAAACAAAAAGUGCGCCAUCUGCAAGAUUAAAACAAUCUACUUUAUCAUUCUCUGCUUAUAACAAAGGAUCUAAUACAAAAGUGACCAGACACUUUUGUCUCCUUCUGUUAGCAGAAAGCUGAAUAUUCUUUGAUCGUCGCAUUUUUCUUUUCAAAGAGGAAGCUACCUUCUCGACCAACGUGCGAUGAUACUUUAAUCAAAUUCGAGAUUCGUCAUUGAUUGAAAUUGUUUUCUGGGGUCAAGCAGACAUAUCUUGCUAACAAAGCGAAAGAACAAAUGAUAUACAUUUAAACAAAUCAGUAAUGAAAUAUAGGACAAUCAAACAAAAUAAAAAAAGAUGACCAGAUACAAAGAAGCGCGAGCCCUCACAACAGGAUAUUCGCCGCUGGUCACCCAAGCAGUUUCCAACUGUUGUUACUUUAAGACUCAAUUUAGGUGUCUCAACUUUUUUCUGUCGUCUGUUGCUACAAAUGGCAAGGAUUGACAUGGAUUAAACUCCAAGAAAAAAUUACUGGAGGUCAAGUUUUAACGCGAUGAGUAUGUUAAGAAAUCACCAAAAAAUAUUGUAGUUGCUACUCCCUGAUGAAGUUUGCUUGAUAUCUUCUUGAUAACUCCACAGGAGAAUUUUGCAUAUGGGUAAAGCAUUAAAUUAUUACUUAAGUAUAGAGUUGACCUAAAUAGCAAUAUACACGUGACAUAUAAUCCCGAUAAGUUGGUGGCUCACUGAGUUUCAUGCACUACGAGGGCUUGCGAGAUACAUAUUUCUGGCAUUUUGAACUAGAGCUCGGGUUUGGCCAGCGUAGACAUCCUCCUACAAAUUCUCAAGCAUAUGUUUUUACGCCGUUUAUAAGCCUAGGGAAAUUGCUGAAAUGAGACCAACCUCAAAGAACAAACUGGCUUCAUCAGAAUUUGGAACUAUUUAUUUAUCAAAAAUCCCUUAAUCUGGUGCUGAGUCCAGGUGUUAAAGGCGUGUUAUUAAACUGGUAUUCAUAGAUCUAUUUACUGAGACAGAGGUGAGGUUUAAAACUCUCUAAGACACUUCAAUUACGCCCUGAAAAUUCGAGAGUAAUGCAAAAUUUUUUCCCUUAUAUCUGUAAUAUUGUGUUUGGUUUGAUACUUUGAAAAGUACACAUACAUUUUAGUUGUUUUGAAGAUUGAAAUACAAUUUUAACAUGACCGCGGGUAGCUGUGCUAAUCUAGGCAGGUCAUGUCUAAGGAAUUAAAUACAACUUACAGAGACUAGACACCCGAUAAACCAAAAACUGACGUAAUGACAGGAGAUAACUAAUAAACUAAUCCAAUGCGAAUAAUGACAACACAGUUAUGAUAUUUAACAGAAGAAAAGGCAAUAAGCCUUAAACGGGCUAAACGAGAAAGUUCCUUCGCUCAACACUGCGUUACAUCCAUCAGAUCGUUUCUAAAAGAUCUAACGCUGUUAGCAUCCACUGAAUAGAAUGGCAUUUUUUAGCACUUUAAUCAUGAAAAACGUCGGUAAUUCCCGGGGUAAUCCUCUUGUGUGUCCUAUUUGAAUGACCCCCACUGGUGUAGAUGUAGGUGGUUAGCUGCCCUGAGGCUGACCCUGUUUUUUGCUGUUUGCAAGGCUUCACAAUUCUUUUGUCUCUAAGAAAGUUCCACCAUAUCACUCGUCCAUUUAAGUCAUUAUUUUUUUCCUCUCCUAUUUUUUGUUAAUUUUUUUUUUCAUUCUAAUCAUGAAAACCGCUGGCAAUACUCUUGUUAAUGGUCCGAAUUGAAUCACCCCCUACUGGAAUAGAUGUAGGUGGUUUUUUGUCCUAAAGCCGACCCCGUUUUAUGGUGUUUGUUAGGAUUUCAAUUCCUUUGUCUACUAGAGAAAGUUUGACCAUUAAACUCGCUCAUUCAAUGUAUUUUUACUCUUUUCCUCAUACCCUUACGCGCGUUUCUCCCUCCAAACAAAAUGCAAGAAACUGAGAUGAAAGAGCGCUACAAGUUUUAAAGUACCAAAUGAUGAUCACUCAGUGGAAAGAAGAAGCCACAUGAAGCCUUUGAGUCAUGGCCUACAGGAGAUUCCCCUAAUAAAUACUCCCUUUAAUACACAAGACAAUCACGUUAAAGUCCACGUUGCAGUUCCUCAAGGCUCUGCGUUUGUUCCACGCCGACCCUCACAAAGUUUGAUGGAUUAUCAAAACCACGAGGUCAGCAAAUUGACAAUGUAAAUUUGUCAAAGACUGUCCAAUAGAAAACUAGUUGCUUUUCAGGAUAACGUAACUUUCACGGCGUACUUUAUCAGGGAAUCGCUGCUACAAAGUUUUACUGUAAUUGAAGUUACCUAUUUAUUUAUUUUCAAUUAUUAUUCUCUGUUCUUUGAGGCAGAGAAGCAAAGGGUUUGCAAGGGCACCAGAAAAACAAAAUGAUGUUUACCCUUGUAUAAGUACAUGAUCACAUACUUGAAUUUUCAUUUUUGAUUUUUAUAAUGGCAUUUGUAACACCGAUAUUAUAGUGGUCUGUUGUUCAACCAAAUACAUGUAUGUUGGUUGUUUGUAUUAGAAGUGAUGGUCAAAUGCCCGGGUUUUACCUAGGGGAGAGUUAAAAGUUUCGCUUGAUCGGCGCGGUUAGAACCAAUUGAGACUGACAGUAAAAGCAAACACGAAAAGUCGCUAAAGAUUAGACAACUCUGGAACAGCUCAAAGACAUGUGCGGGUCCAUUACAAGAACGUUUGAUGAUUGUAGUCUACAAUACGGUAAUGAGACCUUAAGUCCCCGUUUACACGAGUCCAGGAAAAUUUUUGAUCGGACAAAAUUUUGCACGGAUUUGCCUUUCGUUUCCACGGGACCCUUCGAACAGUGCAAAUUUUUGAAGGGCAAACAGCUCCAAUCUGUAACAGAAUUUACACGGUUCCGUGUAAACGGGUUGCACAGUUAAAAAAUUCGUCCGGACCCGUGUGAACGGGGUCUCAGAGUCAAUCAUCCAGUAAUUGAAGCUAAUUUUCAGUAGGUACGAGUCUUUCUAUGGGUACCUACCCAACUGUCGUUUUCGUCGCACGUUUUCAAUUAAUUAUCGUCGGUUCACAAAGAAAAAGUCGGACAUCGAGAAUUGUUUUGUGUAGGAAGGCACCAGUUAAUAAUGAAUCCAAAAAAAAAAAAACCUGAAAGAGCAACACACUUUUUGGCAGAUUUUUUGCCGUCAUCGCACGACUCAAGUGGUCAAACGUGAUCGAACGGUAAUGCGAUCGUCGUCUUAAUCUCUAAAAGGACCGGUUCAGUCACCGAAUAUUUUAUGAGCUGAACUUAAUCCGAAUUUUUGAGGCCGACCCAAAUGAUUAAGACUAGCUGAAUUGAUUCAUCAGACGCCGAUUUUAAUUCCAGCCGAACUGAACUCAAAGGGAGAACUAUUUUCAUCUCUAUCAAAUUACUUGCGAAAUAUGUUCUAAUAACGUAUGCAUUAGCUUUCGCACAUGAAAAGUUCGGCGUCUGAUCAAAGCACAGGUAGCCCAAGCUCGAAAUAUGAGCAUGGGCGAGCAUCGGCAUUGUUGCGUAACAUUCAAAAUAUAGGGAUUUGUAUGGGAAACGGUUUAAACCGUUUACAUAAAACGGCCAUAAAUCGGCCCGUGGACCACACAGGAGAGACGUCACACACAUUUUAAGUAAGAUAAGCUGUUUUUUAUUGAAAUCCUUUCAUUUUCGUAGGUUACGGAAACGAUAGGUUUUUUUCCCGUACAAAUCCUUAUAUUUUGAAUGUUACGCAACAAUGCCGAUGCUCGCCCAUGCUCAUAUUUCGAGCUUGGGCUACCUGUGCUUUGAUCAGACGCCGAACUUUUCAUGUGCGAAAGUUAAACGAUAGGUUUUUUCCCAUACAAAUCCUUCUGUUUUGAAUGUUACGCAACAAUGCCGAUGCUCUUUGAGCUUGGGCUACCUGUGAUCAAAGCCGCUGCAAAGUCGCUUUAAAGUCGAAAUUCCAGGCUGGAACAGGUGAGAAGAACUGCUAAGCCGCUCCAAAAAUUUUGAUUGAAAUAGGCAUUCCUAACUUAUUAAGACGCCGAAAUCUUCGUGUAGUUAGGUUAAUGCAUAUGAAUGUAUUAGGUUCGGCUCAUGAAAAGUUCUGAACAAGGCUAAGAUCGUUGUUUGACUCUGAUUUCAUCGGAAAUAACCACGCAGACUCCCAGAUACUGUACUGCACUGAGGUACUUCUAAAUGACCCCUCCACUAUAUAUUCUCUACAUUAAAAAUUCCUGAUUCUUUGAUGGGUGUUCACGGUAACUGGCCUCAAAAAGAAUGAAAACGACCACCUCCCCUUAUUAUACACCCGUUUAGUAGUAGUAGUAGUAAUGCUAACAAAAUGUCCCCUGGUACUAUAAACAUUUGCAAACCUGGAAAUUUAUCGAACGACGUAUAUAAUCAGUUAUUUCUCGUCAUCAGUAAUUUACAUGUUAGUGGUAAGACUUUUUAGCAAGUGAUGUUGUAUGAUUUCCUAACAGGUUGUCCAGAUAAGGAUUUCCAGGAAGAUUACACCCUUGUGAAUGCUCACUGUCACAGUUAAGUUUAUCUGAACCUAGCCUGUGCCAGGCUCUCAGAUAGUAUAGUGGGGACGUAUUAAACAAGCAAAGCGAAAAUACGACGCGCGCGACUUGGCAAAGGGGGCGGUGGCGGCCGUCCCAUCUCUCCCCCGCGCCCGCGCGUUUUCUUAUUUUUGAACGCCUUUUCACUUUCACCACUAUCUCGGAGCCUGGAACAGGCUAAUCUGAACCUUGUUCAAGUGGUUACUCCCAGAGAAUACCGGGGUAUACUGUUACCAAGAACUCGAAAUGGUUCUCACAAAUCCAUCCUCCAUGUGUACCCCUGCAACCUCCUUUGGAUGGGAGAUGUCAUUGAAGUGGAUGCAAGGUAACGAAAAUGUUCAGCACAAUUCAGCAGCCUAUUAUUCGGAAAGUAAUUCAGAUAUAUACAAUCAAAGUCUCGUUUCACAACGAAAAAACCUUUCGAUCAAAGACCUAACCACCUAUGUUGCCGUUAACAAUCAAAGACAACAAAACGGUAAUGGUUUUAUGACACCAAGCCAUGUCUAUACUAAAUGCAGCCCUCCAGCGAAGUGCCAUCGUCCAAACUGUCCAUCAUACCUUUGUACCCAAGAAAUGAAACAAAUUAAUUCCUCCUGCAAUAAAAAACGCCCAGAAAAAGGAGACAUUCCAAAGAGUUCUCUACUUGUGAACAUUCCAAGUCCCUUCCAAAAAACGCAUGUCGUACAAGAUGAGCAGAAUGAUGUUGGGUCUGGUCUAAACAACUGGCUAACAGUCAAAGAGCUUCUUUAAAAAUCAGAGAUUAUUAUGAAGAGCGGGGAAGUUUAGUUGAAUCGAAUGUUCCGAGAUCAAGAGAAAAGACUCAGGCCAAGCACUCACGCCUUUCAUACGCUCGUAAGAUAGAUGCUUUUGAUGAAGACCACCAUCGCCGACAUCUUUCGAAAGCUGUCGUUUUCCAAGAUCCUGUUUUGGAGAAUGUUCCUUUUCGUGCAAGAGUAUGUCAACAGGACUUUGUUGCUGGAAGUGAAAAGCGAAAAAACCGCCAACUUCCCACACAACUUGCAGGGAAUGAAAAGAAACCUGCACAUUAUGAAGAUAAUCAAUGUGAGAAACUUUGCAAAAAUCGAAUCCAUCAGCAAGCAAAAAAUAUAGAGCCCAUCGAUAACUAUUAAAGGAUCUCCUGAAUUGAGAGAUCCGAAUUUUCGCGUGACAACCUCUCCUUGUGAAGACGCCUCCAACGCCAGAGUCCUUGCAGAUCUUGGAUGGUGGAGAAAGUGUGACGACAGCUUCAUCAAAGAACACCUUCGAAGAUAGAAGAUUAGACACUUAAAUAAAGUUGUUUAUUGAUUGAUUGACACAGAUUUGCAGAAAUGUUAUUCUUCCAGAUUCUGAGGCAAAAAAUACUGUUCCGUCCUGAGAAAAUAGAGAAAAAUCAAACGAAGACAAGAAACUCGACAGGGGCAAAGUGAAAUUUAUUAAUCGUCCUUAAAUAUUCACUGAUUACAAUGGAACGAUGGUUCUUCUUCAUUUUGUAUUACAAAUUCACCAUUCAAUGCGAUGGAGGAUAGAAAGCUAUAGAAUGUCUUAAAAUCUUGUGAAUCUUUGGAAAACAAAUCACGCAUAGCUACCGAGUGAAUGAAAUCUACCACCGUUUCAACUCGACAAGGAUAUUCGAUAUAUUUUAUUUCCCCUGGUUUUUAUUUGAUUCUGAGCUUAAAACACAAAAUUAGAAGAUGUUUUUGGAGACUAAGUGUCGCGAAAUUUUAAAGGAGUAGAAAUGAUAUCUUUUAAAUGAGCUACCGCCCUGCUCGCUUUCAAAAAAUGUUGACUGAUUUUGAUUGGCAGGAUGGGUCAUUGCUUAUGGGGGGGAGGGGGGGGGGCAGGGGAGAAUUGCAAGAUAAACUGAACGUCUGUCUGCAAGGACCAGCCUCUCAGGCCUGAGUAUGGCAAAUAAGAAUGGUACAUAGAAUAAAGCUGAAUGCUAAAACAAGGUUUAUGGCUUCAUAGGCUAUCAACCGACACAAACAAAAAUAAAACACAACUAAAGCAGGUUGUGAUAGGCAUGUUGGAUAUGGAUGGGUAUUGGUCUUUGACAAACUAUCAAAUUGCCAUGAUUUUAUGAAGGCCAUAACAGAAGUUGGAAGUGACUUACUUGUCAUCUUGGUUUUCUUAUACCUAUUUAGAUCUUUGAAAUUAUUCCACUUUUUUGGAAAUUUUCCUUUCUACACAAUGAUUUUAAGACAUCCAGCAGAACCUUUGAAAAAAAAUUACCCCUCUACGUCCUCCAUAAAAAAAUAAACACCCCACUCUGACCACACUAAAAUACCCUUGACCUCCCCCCCAACCCAUCUUUCCCUUCUUACCAUCUUUUCGAGCGCGCCAUCAUCAGACCUCAUUACCGAAAAGACCUGUUAAGUUCAUGUGGAGAACUGAAUUUACUGCUGUGCCUCCAGCUGCACUGAAGUAAACUGCGCUCCGUUUUGUACUUAUUUCCGUAACGGAGUUCCAUUUCCAAUUAACUCAUUUAAUUUUAAGGCUAUUAGAUAAUUAAUCUUUACACUAAAACGUCGGCUUACCUAUGAAAGCGACUCAAGAUUUGUUCCUGUCUUUAACUUUUGUUCUUUUGAUACGAAAAAUUUUAAAAGCAAUUUGUUUCACCAAAUCACAACGUGGUCAUUUAGUUAAAACUUAGCAUGGUUUUGUUUUUGGCUGUUUGUACACUGACAUAAAAAAAUAUGAAAAAAAAUAUGAAGAAAAACAAAACAACGGACGAGUUUUAUUUUUGGCUCUCUUUAGUAACAGUCGCCUCAACCAACUCAUCAAUAAGGCUGGAAGCUAUGCUUAGUGAAUAAAAAACUAACUAAUAAAGGGUUUCUUCGAGUUAUCGGACAUUCUUGCAUCGAAGUUACUUUUCCGGCGUUAAGUUCACAUUUUUCUUGUGAAAACCCCUUGAAAUUAAAAGGAUUAUUGCCACUCCACUGUUAGGUUAUCUCGGCUGGUCAUGUCGGUUACCUGCUGCUGCACAGAAAAGAGUUUAUGCAAGCCUGCUGAUUCAAUGUCAUGUAUACAUAUUCGUUUAUUAUCAACGCAAACACAGCAUCUAUGUCGGCCCAAUAAGUCGAAAUAAGUACCUUUACAGUUCCAUUAGCCUAAUAUGGUCCCCCUUUUUUCACUAAAGCUAUUCUAUGUGUGGUAGUUUGUUGUUUGUUUUUGUAACAGUUGAAAAAGAUUAAAUGGGUAAUACUGGGCCGUAAUGUUUUGCCUUGAAUAACCGGUUGUUUUAUGAUAUUACUGGCUCGAUCGAAGAAGUAUAUAAAAUUUUAAGUCUCAAAAUACUAAUUUUUGACAGGAAGGUGGAAACGUCCUCAUAUAAUUUUUCUUAUUUCCUUCCUAUUUCGGUGUGAAGCCGGAGAUAGACUCCAUUGUUUUAACCAUCCCGUUGCUGCAGUGGACUUCCUGAGACGAAGUAUUCAAGUUUAAGCUUAUAUAUAUAGUUUUAUCUUUUUAGGCGGUAUACGGUAAAUUGUGGUGUAAAGUGAAAGUUCUAGUUUAGACUAAAAGGAGGGAGCAUUUUAAUUUCAAAUGCGAGUUUAGAACUCUCAAUUUGGAUACUUUGAAUUUCAUUGCUGUAUACAAUGCUUUCAUCGACUUUAAUCUGCAAAACAUUGAGACAAAGCAUUUUUUGUGCACCUUGAUUUGUUUAUGUUUUAAAAAAACUGUGUCACCUAAAAGAAAAAAAGGCAAUCUAUUUUAUCAUUUUCUGAUUAUAUCACAGGAUCCAAUAUAAAUGAAGCCAGACACUUCUUUUCACCUUCUAUUGAAAAGCUAAAUCAAUAAUUGAAUAUUCUUUGCAAGUGGAAGCUAUCUUAGCGACCAACACGCGAUGCUUUGUUGAAAUUCGAACUUUGAUAUUGCAGAUGUUGUAGUGGGAAAACAGUCACAUUUUGAUAAAAAAGCGAAAGAAAAAAAGAUAUACAUUUAAACCGUUCUCUAAUGAUAUAGGACAAUGAAACAAGAUAACAAAAGAUGACAAGACACAAGGAAGCACCGGUCCUCACCACAGGAUAUUCGCGGCUGGUCACCCAUGCAACCAGUUUCCAACCUCGCCCGGCUGGAGCUUAAAGGGGCUGUAUAUCACGCUAUUUGCUGUCUUUGCUCCUGCUGUGGUAUUUAAUUUGCUUCCCAAUGAAAAACACAAAAAAAGACGAAAGGCAAUAAGCCUUAAAUUAGGGCUUUACUAGAACGAUCGUUUGCUUAACACUGACAUGCAUACAGGAACAUAUCGUUUAUAAAAGGCCUAACCCUGUUCAGAGCAACCAAAGGCAUUUUUUAGCGCUCUAAUCAUGAAAACCGUUGGCAAUUCUCUUGUUUGCCCGUGAUGAAUGACCCCCAGCUGGAAUAGUUGUAGGUGGUCAAUAGCCCUAAGGCCGACCGUGUUUUAUGGUAUUUGUAAAGCUUCACAAUCCCUUUGUCUCUAAGAAAGUUUCACCAUUUUUCCCGACCAUUCAAUUUAUUCAUUUAUAAUCUUGUUUUUUUCUAUUCUUGUUAUUUCCUAAACAUGUACGCUGUCCAACUUGUGAAGUAUACGAAAAUAUCCUCAAGAGCAGUUAAGUUUACGGACAGCGCAUUGCUAGAAGAUUUUCAUUUCUAGACGGCCAAAAACAUUUAACUACCGAGGAUUGUUUUCAAAAGGACACUCUACCAAAUGAACGAAGCUGGGAUUUUGCAUACCAAGGAUGGCAAAUCGAAGACAUUGCACCGCAAAAAUUAAACAAGGAUUUAGCGAUAUAUCAACAUGACAAUAGCAGACAUGCUUAUCGUCUCUGAACGGUCUAACACUGAAAGCAUACUAAGAGCAUCGAAAAGAACUUUUAAGGAAAUUAAUCAUGAAAACCCGUCUGCAAUUCUCUCUUUCCUCCGUGUUGAAUGACCCCCUGUUGGAGUAGAUGUAGGUGGUUGAUUGCCCUGAGGCUGACCCACUUGUAUGGUGUUUGCAAGGCUUCACAAUAUAAUCCUUUUGUCUAGAAAGGUUGAACAUUUCCCUCGCCAAUUGCAUUUCCCGCACCUUUACGUUUUACCUUCCAGGAAACUGCAAAAUAGUUAAGAUGAUAAAUGCAAAAAGAAAACUGCCUAAGAUUUGUCAAGACUAUAGAGACAUUGCCCAUCGUCAAGACUAUCGAGACAAAAAGACUACAAGUGUUGAAGUACCAAAUGAUAAUCACUCAGUGGAAAGCUACAUAAAUGGUUUGAGUCAUGGCCUACACAAGAUUCCCGUUAUAAAAAAUGUCUGUACUACACAAGACAAUCACCUUAAAGUCCCCCUCGCAGUUCCCCCAGGCUCUGGGUUUGUCCAAUCCCGACUGUCACAGAGAUUGAUGGAUUAUCAAUACCACGAGGUUAGUGAAUUGACAAUGUAAGUUAUCAAAGACUGUCCAAAGAAAGCCAAUUGCUUUUCAGGAUAACGCAACUUUCACGGCAAUGCUGCUAAAAGUUGUAUCGUAAUGCAAGUUAUGUAUUCAUUUUUUAUUAUUAUUCUCUAUUCUUUGAAGCAAAGAAGCAAUGGAUUAGCAAAGGCCCCUGAAAAACAAAAUGUUUGCCCUUGUAAGUACAUGAUCACAUAACAUAUAUUAUCAUUCUUGAUUUUUAUAAUGGCCUUUGUAAAACCGAUAUGAUAGUGGUCUGUGGUUCAAGUCAAAUAUUUUGGUUGUUUUUUCUUUACAAAUGAUGGUCAAAUGCAGAGAUUCACCAGGGUGGGGGUGGGGGUGGGUGGGGAGAGUUGAAGUUAGGAAUUGUUAGUGCAUUAAGAAUCAAUUGAGACUGACUACUAUCAACAAACUGAAGCAGGCACAAAUACGAAAAAUCGCUAAGAUUAGACAACUCUGGGACAUUUCAAAGACGUAUUCUGGCCAUUACAAGAACAUUUGAUAAUUAUAGUGUUUAAUGCGGUAACGAUAGCCUUAAGGACCUGUUUAGAAGAGUCCAGGAAAAUUUUUGAACGGACAAAAUCUUGCACGGAAUUGCCUUUCGUUUACGUACGCGGGACUCGCGGAACCGUGUAAAUGUUUGAACUGCAAACAGUUCCAAUCUGUAACAGAGUUUGCACGGUUCCGUGUAAACGGGUUGCACAGGUAAAAAAUUCGUCCGGACCCGUGUAAACGGGGUCUCAGGGUCAAUCAUCCAGUAAUUGCAGCUAAUUUUCUGCAGAUACAGUUUCUAUGGGUAACUGUGGAAAUCGUUUUCGUCGCGUGUUUUCAAUCAAAUCGUCGGAUAUGAAGAAUUGUUUUGCGUGGUUAAUCAGGCUACUAGCGAGUUCGAGCAACCGCUACGACGAAGACGACGACGACGGAAAAGAAAACGAGAACAAUUUAGAUAGGGACCAGUUAAGAUAAAGCAGAAAAAGAAAACACAACAACUCUGAACGAGCAACACACUUUUCAGCAGAUUUCUUUGCCGCCAUCGCACACCUCAAGUGGUCAAACGUGAUCGGAACGGCAUAUUAGGGUUUGAGGCCUGAACUAGGCCUUAAAUUGUCGCUUAAUCAGUAGCGAUGAUCUCGACCUUCAUUUCAUCGGAUUCACCCAUACAGAGUCCCAGAUUAAAGCGCUUAGCAGCUUCUACACUACCUCUCCAAACUUAUUUGCCACUACAUAUUCUAUACAAAACUAAUUAGCCACAGACUUCAAAGGAAAUCCUUGAUUCUUUGAGCGGGUGUUUACGGUAAAUGACCUAUAGAAAAAGAAUACCAAAGCGUAAUUACCAUCCGUUGAGUAGCACUAGUGAUGCUAUGAAAAAUUUUCCUGGAAUUCUUAAUAUUUGUAAGCCUAGCAAUUGAUCAAGGGACGUCAAACUCACUAACAGUAAUUUUUUUACGUAGUCGACUUUUGAGCAGACAGAUGUUGCAUUAUUUCCUUACAGGUUGUCCAGAUAUUAAGGAUCUUCAGGAAAAAUGCAUCCCGGUAAGUCUGCACAGUCACAGUUUUUCUGAGCCUUGUUCAACAAGUUACUCCCAGAGAAUGCCGGGGUAUACUGUUACAAAGAACUCGAAAUGGUUCCCGGAAAGCAAACCUCAAUGUGUGCACAGGCAGCCACACUUGGAUGGGCGAUGGUCAUUGAAGUGGCUGCAAGGUAACAAAAAUGCUCAGAAUAAUUCAGAAGAAUAUUGUUCCGGAAGUAUUUCAGAUAUAUACGAGCAAAGUCUCGUUUCACAACCAAGGAACUUUUCGAACGAGAAGUUAACCAUACAUGUUGCCGUUAACAAUCAAAGACGACUAAACGAUAGUGGUUCUAUGUCGCCAAGCCAUGGCUAUACAAAAUUCAGCCCUCCAGCGAAGUGUCAUUGUCCAGGGUGCCCAUCAUACCUUUGUACCCAAGAAAUAGAACAAAUUUAUUCCUCCUGCAAUAAAAAGCGCUCAGAAAAAGGAGACAUUCCAAAGAGUUCUUCAGUGGUGCACACUCCAAGUGUCUUUCAAAAAACGAAUGCCGCGCAAGAUGGGCAAAAUAAUGUUGCCUCCAAACAACUGUCUAACAGUCAAAGCCCUACUUUAAAAAUCAGAGAUUAUUAUAAAGAGCAGGGAACUCGAGUUGAACAAAUCUUUCGCAAAAAUCUGAGUUCGAGAGAAGAGACUCAGGCCAAGCAUUCACAUCUUUCAUAUGGCCGUAAAAUAGAUGGUUUUGAUGAAAGCCACCAUCGCCGACAUCUUUCAAGUGCUAUUGUAUUCCAAGAUCCUAUUUUAGAGAAUGUUCCUUUUCGUGAAGGAGAACGUCAACAGGGCUUUGUUGCUGGAAGUAAAAAACGAAAAAACCGCCAACGCGGCCCCCAAAAAGUGAGAGAAGAAGAAGGUGCCCAUUAUCAAUAUAUACAACCUGAGAAACUUAGUGAAAGUCAAAGCCGUCCGCAAGCAAACCCAUUGAGCUUUCAUGAUCCAUCGAUUACUUCUGAAUUAAGAGAUCCGAAGGUUCGUGUUACAACCUCUCCUUGUGAAGACGUCUCUUCCGGAGUCCAUGCUCAUCUUGGAUGGAUGAGAAAGUAUGACGACAGCUUCACCAAAGACACACCUUGGAGACCACAGGUUUGCAGAAAUGAUAUUGCUCCAGAUACACAGCCGCCGUGUCACCCCUUAUCUAAAGGUGGGAAAACUACCGAGGAGAUAACUACGCCAAUUUUUGUUACUCAACAAGUUCAGAGUCGUGCUGGGUCAUCGUUUAAAGAGUUUUCCAGCGAGUACUCUCUUGCAAACCAAUUGUCACUCAAGCAUGAAAAGAGUGCAUUUCCCCAGUCCAAAACGCCGGACUUGAAGCUAAGAAUUACCCCCGGAAAUUUAAACAAGCGUCCUGGUUACUUGAAGGCAGUAUGGAAGUUAGACCCACAGCACUGGUACGCUCCUACAAGCCUGGAAGUUUCAAAAAUACAGUUUGAAACUUUGGACAAACAAAGAGCAAGUCUUGAAAGUGUCCACAAAGUUGGUACGUUUCCAAUGCAAGUCGCAUUUGGCCCAUCCCAACUGAACGUAGACAGAGAAGGCUGUAAAAUGGAUCCACGCGAUGACCAGGACAUGCCGUGUAAUCUCGAGCGUCGUGGUGUGCCAUCAAAAGAGGGACCUCUAAACGAAGACAUGCACUCUCCUCCAUCAUCAUUGUCCAGUGACCAGGGCGGUGUUACCAGCACAACUCUUGACGAUAAAGAUGGAUUACAGCAAACACAAAUCAGUGAGCAGUCACAUCCGACAGGUGACGCCAAUACCCUCAACUACGGCAAGAACCUAAAGAAACACGCUGAAGAGAAACUUGUCAACUUUACAGAAAGCCACAGCCCUUUCUUCAACGGGCGAGAAAUUUGUGGUAACUUCAUGUCACCCAGCAUGAAAGAAAGAAGGUUCGUUUGCCGCUUCUGCUGCAAGAAAUUUGCCCAUUUUUCUACACUGCAAAAUCAUGUCCGGACGCAUACAGGUGACAAACCAUUUCAGUGUAAGUUUUGCAGUCGUCGAUUUGCUCAGUCGGGAGUCCUAAAGGCACACUUGCGCACGCACACUGGCGAAAAGCCGUUUGUCUGCAUGUACUGUGGGAAAAUGUUUGCCCAAAGCACGACACUAACAAAUCAUCUUAGAACUCACACUGGCCAAAAGCCAUACAUUUGCCACUGCUGUGGCAAGUGUUUUUCCCAGCCGUCGACGCUAAGAAAGCACGAACUUUCUCACACCAAAGAACGCCCAUAUUCAUGCAAGUUUUGUGGAAAAGCGUUUGCCCAACAGUCCACGCUUACUAAUCACCUGCGCUCUCACACUGGCCAGCGGCCCUAUAAGUGUCACUUCUGCGAGAAGAGCUUUGCCCAGUUGAGUACGCUUUAUAGGCAUCUACGCCUCCAUUCCAGUGGAGGAAGCGGAGACUCAAGUCUUAUCAGUGCCAGUUCUGCAGCAAGAGUCUCAGCUACUUCUCUAAUCUAG